CCUCUACCGCUGACCUGGGGGGAUUCCUACUUAAGUAAAGAGCCCCCAAAUGCGCGAGAUAAAUUGGGGAGAAGAAAGCGUAAGAAAAAUAAAAGGAGAAAAAGGAAUAGAGAAAUUGGGGAAGAGAGCUACCUCGAAUCGAAGCUGCGAUCUCCACCUGGUGAAAUAGGAGAAUUGAUGAAUUGCUGAGAUUUGGUGAUUAGAGGGACCUUUGCUGCUGAGGCAUUGAGGUACACUAAAAGCAAGGGUGUGAAAAAGGCAACUUCAAUUGAAAACAUCUACAUAUCUAGGAAUGUCCUGAAACUAAUGUGUGGAGUAAACUUCUAGUUUAUUGCUGUCCGUCCUGUUGGGCCACAGUGCGAAGGUCAGGCAGAUAGUCAUCCAUUACUGAUGGGGGACUCUGGAAAUGCCAGUCAUCGUGAUCACACGAUCGACAUACUGAGAAAUGAUGCAACUUUCCCAUCAACAUCUCAUCAGGAUAAUCAUAAUAACUUGGAUGAGUUGCACCAAACUAGAGGGCCUCUAAAUGAUGUUCCUCAUGUCCCAGAAAGUUCUGCUAGUGCAACUCCUGCAUCUAUCUCCCGAAACGCUUCUUUUGCAAGAAGAGAUCAAGGACACCGUCAACCAAAUCCUUUGAAUUCUGGCUUCUGGAUCUCAAUUGAGCUUAUUGUAAGUUUAAGCCAGAUUAUAGCAGCUAUUACUGUCCUGUCAGUAUCAAGGAACGAGCAUCCUCAUGCUCCUUUGGCUCAGUGGCUUAUUGGUUAUACGAUAGGUUGUGUUGCUACUCUUCCUCACCUUUAUUGGCGAUUUCUCCACCGCAAUCGGCAGAACACAGAGCAAGAAUCAACAAAUCAGGUUUCAUCUGAAAGGGACGUAUAUGAGCCUAAUUCUUAUGUAGUAGUUUCGUCUGCUCAUGGAUCAGAAGUUGUGGACAGUGGUAAUAAUGGUGGAGUAGCAAGGAUUGCAAGUCCAAGGGUCUACGCAUUGGUUGCGUGCUUCAAAUUGGCUCUGGAUUGUUUCUUUGCUGUGUGGUUUGUUGUUGGGAAUGUGUGGAUAUUCGGGGGCCGUACUUCUCUCCAUGACGCUCCUAACUUGUACAGGCUGUGCAUAGUAUUCCUUGCAUUCGGCUUCAUCGGCUAUGCCCUGCCUUUCAUCCUAUGUACAAUGAUAUGCUGCUGCCUACCCUGCAUUAUCUCCAUGAUGGGCAUCCACGAGGAUUUGGAUUUUAACAGAGGCGCUACUGCAGAAGCAAUCGAUGCCUUGGUGGCAUACAAGUUCCAAUCGAAAAAGUUUCAAGAUGGAGAAGCGGGAGAAGAUAAUGGUGGAGUAUUGGCAGCUGGAACAGACAAAGAGCGAACUAUUUCUGCAGAAGACGCUGUAUGCUGCAUCUGCUUGUCAAAGUUCUCAAACAACGAAGAUCUACGGGAGCUUCCCUGCAAUCAUGUUUUCCACUUGGAAUGCGUCGAUAAAUGGCUCAAGAUAAACGCACUGUGCCCUCUUUGCAAGGCUGACUUAGGCGGCUCGACGAAUGCUCCGGACUCGAGCUCCAGGAGCAGCCAUGACAGCAACAACAGCAGAGUCAGGAACGACGUCGAGUCACAACAGUAGCUGCUCUCAUGCCCUUUCCCAUGAGCAUGGGGAUGGAACACAUUCUUGACAAUCUACAAAUUGGCAUGCAACUUCUCAAGUCCCUUUUUUUUUCAGACAGACUUGAAUAGAGCAUUUGCCUACACUGCUCUCUGGUGUUAACCCAGAAACUCCUAUGAGGCUGAGGCUAUGGCUAUGAGUUGCUGCCUGCAGUUUGUUCUGAACUGAAGUUGCCUGUAAGGCUGUAACAGAUUAUAGAUGGUGUUGGAAUAGUUAUCAUGAUGAUCACCUGAGUUGAGCAUAUUAGGUUGUUGAGGUUAACCUUCAACCGGGGAGGUUCAAUGUAAUUAUCUCCUUGUUUAGGAAAAAAUCCCCUCCCCUUUGUAUCUGCUCCCUUGUAUAGAAAACAACCAUCUCCAUUGUAUAUCAGAUCAAUUUUGCCUGCAUUUUGUAAAUUCAGUUAGUAGGCAGAGAUCUCCCAGCACUCAUCAAGUGCUUGAGCAAGUACAGAUUAGCAGUUGAGUUUAUUCUACUGUAAUGCAACACUUAUAGAUGAUAUUACCAUGACAUAAUCAUUUGAGCCCACAUAAUCAUUGGAUGAGAAUGGAAGAACAGAAGAGUAAACUCCCACGUU